AUGGCGACACCAACCGCGAACCAUAACAGAAAUGGAGAGGAACAGAGCAUGCUCAACAUCGGAACUACUGAUCCGAAUGAUGUUCAGGCACUUCAAGUGAUGUUCGCUUCGUUGAACAGUCCCUCACAGCUAACCAGUUGGAAAUCCAAUGGUGGUGAUCCAUGUGGGGAGUCAUGGAAAGGGAUCACUUGCCAGGGCUCUGCUGUUGUGUCUAUUCAAAUUUCCGGGUUAGGAGUCAGUGGGACAAUGGGAUACUUGCUCAACAACCUUGCAUCAUUGAGAACACUGGAUUUGAGUGGAAACAACAUCCACGAUGCCAUUCCGUACCAGUUACCGCCAAACCUUACAAACCUAAAUCUUGCAAGCAACAACUUGAGCGGGAAUCUUCCGUUUUCCAUUAUUGGCAUGGCGUCUCUUAGUUAUUUGAACAUCAGCCGUAAUAUGCUAUCUCAAUCAAUUGGAGAUGUGUUUGCUAAUCAUUCUGACCUCGUGACUGUGGAUCUGUCUUUCAACAAUUUUACCGGAGAUCUACCCCCCUCCUUCGGUUCAUUGUCAAAUCUUUCUACCCUUCAUGUGCAGAACAAUGAAUUAAGUGGUUCUCUUGAUGUUCUGGCUAGUUUGCCUUUGAUGGAUCUAAAUGUUGCAAACAACAAUUUCAGUGGAUGGAUACCACAAGAUUUUAAUUCUAUCCCAAAUUUUGUAUAUAAUGGGAAUUCAUUUGAUAAUGGCCCUGCUCCUCCUCCACCACCGUAUACCCCACCUCCUCCUGGUAGAACUCAUAACAAUCGCAGCCAGUCUCCUCCUGGUGCACGUACACCCCAGGGCUUUGAUGGCCAAUCAUCCAAUCCAGACGGCGGGAAAAAAAAUAACUGGUUGACAACUGGACCUCUUAUAGGCAUAAUUCUAGGUUCUUCAUUGGUUGUUCUAUUUUCACUACUUGCACUUGUUUUUUGCCUUCGAAAGGGCAAAAGGAAGGAACUUGCUCCAAGACCCUCUGCGGGAAGUCUUCCUGUUAGCGCAGUGAAUACAGAGAUGCAAGAGCAAAGGGUAAAAUCUACAGCUACCGUUGUAGAUUUGAAGCCACCACCUGCAGAGAAUGAGUUGGUUGAGAGGAUGCAAGGGAAAAAUGGAUCUGUAAAGAGAGUGAAGUCCCCUAUAACUGCUGCACCUUAUACAGUUGCAGCUCUCCAAAUGGCAACAAAUAGCUUUAGUCAAGAAAAUAUUGUUGGUGAAGGCUCACUUGGUCGCGUUUAUAGAGCAGAAUUUUCCAAUGGAAAGGUAAUUUUAUCUUGUUAUGGCUAUGUUGGCAUGCGUCUAUUGACAUCACAUAUGUUUACGAUCCCUAAUAGUUCUAACGGGCUUAGCACUUAUGCGUUGAUGCGGAGGCGAGUCACUUCUGUUGCAUUGUGGCAAUCUUUUAGUGGAGCAUAG